CUGAUGAUGAUGAUGAUGAUGAUGACGACACGAGUGUAAGCAGAUCAGAGAGGAUCCGGGCUGAAGCAGCAGCAGCAGCAGCAUCACAAAGAGAGGCUCAGUGCUCCUCUUCCUCUUCCUCCUCCUCCUCCUCCGGGGUACUCAGCUCUGCGGCAGGAUGCGCGGCGUCUCGGGCCUGCUCUCGGUUCUCCUCGCCGGGCUGGCGGCAGCGGCCUCCUCCGACCUCUUCGACAACCAACUGGGCGACAUCAACUACUGCAAGCAGCAAUGUCAGCUCAGCAUCAAGAACAAGAGCCCGGCCAAAGACUCCAUCAUGAACGCCUGUCAUCGCGGCUGUCGUCUCUACUCCAUCUGCCAGUUUGUCAAUGGCAACGCCGGCUUCAACACCAGCAGGGAGGAGUGUCAGGGAGCCUGCCAGGAGGCUUACGUGAAGCUGCUGGAGCAGGAGGCCUGCGUCAGCGGCUGUGCCAGUCAGCCCUCUGAGCCGGAGAUCAUGAGGAAGAAGCUGAGGGCCAUGACCCUCCGCCCAAAGCCCCCGUCGGUGAUGGAAGCCGUCUCCAGCUGGUGCAACGACAUCGUCAGCUCCGCCCAGAGCUUCAUCUCCUCCACCUGGACCUUCUACCUCCAGGCUGACGAUGGCAAAGUGGUGGUGUUCCAGAGCCAACCAGAGGUGGAGUACUCUCUCCCCGAGCUUCAGGCUCCUCGAUCCAACGUGGCUGACAAGCCCGGGCCCCAGGUCCACUCACACACCCUGAGGCCGCACGGUGAGAAGGGGGCGUCAAAAGCCGGGAACAGAGUGAAGCAUCCUGUCGACCACACGGACGACCCCACAGCUGAGCAUGACUUCCUGGGAUGCAUGUCAAGACGGUCCGGUCUUCCCCGAUGGAUCUUAGCAGCUUGUCUUUUCCUGUCCAUCAUGGUCAUGCUGUGGCUGAGCUGUGCCAGCCUGGUGACUGCACCAGAGCAGCACAUCAAGAACCAGCUGAGCAUCAACGGUGAUAAAGACUUUCUGGACACAAACCAGAAGGUCAACCCAUACCACUUGAGUUCCGUGAUCGCCGUCGCGGUCAAGCAGUCGGAAGACAGCGUGGAGGCCGGACCCCUGCCGGUGAAGGUGGACCUCAACAAGACGUGCGUGUAGAAGGUCAUGUAGCAGAACUACUGACAGGAACAAAUCAGUGAUUUUUGAGGAGCGUUUCUCUCAAGCAUGGUAACCUCUGUUCAUACACACCACACUAAUAUCCCAAUACAACUUAGUGGCACUUCUCACAAGUUUAGUUCCUGUUUUGACCUUCAUUUUGAAUAGUUCAGGACAAGUUUCAUCCUUGGCAUCUGGUUGUGACAAACACAAUCGUUUAGCUGUUCAAUCACCGGUAGUUGUCUUUGUGUAUGGAUUGGAUCCAUUUUUAACACGGUCAUGUGUUUCCUUAUUCAAGUGCCAAAGCUCAGUCACACCAUCCAAUAAUGUAAAGAUUCAACUCCAUUCAAGCACACCUGGACUGCACCUGUUCUUAUAUUAUUCAUGUAUUAUUGCUCUUGUAUCACUUCUGUAGCUGUUCGAUGUGCCAUGUGCUUUUAUAUAGCUGGCUAUUUUGUAUGUUUGGGGAGCACAUACCGAGGGACGCCCUCUGAAACAGUGUGAACAUAGACUUUGUGGAUAAAGCCCAGCUGCACAGAUGUAGAGGAGAUGUUAGUUUUCCUUGAUCAUAGUUUGACUUCAGUGCUUUAGAUGUGGAGUGACGCGCUAUUUUAACCCAGGCUGUAGAGAAUAAUCUGUGCAUGCAAGCGACGCUUCAGUAGUUGGUCCUAACCGCCCAUUGCCGGUCUGACUUGACUCUGCUUUUUUUUCCCUGCCUAUUCACUGUAACAUUGAUAGAAUGUGUAAUAUUGAAUGACAAUAGUCGUGUGGUUUAGACAGAGAAGACUUUAAAAGCCAUUGAUUUUAAAUCUGUGCAUCACUAUGACGUCGUUCUCAACUGUAUCGUUUUCUUUUUACUGGUCAGUUUGUUGAACUUCACAAACAAUAAAGUGUUUCCAUCCUCUUA